AUAUGGUGAGCGGUUAAAAUUGACAUAUUCAAUUGUCUCUCUUGGAGCUGACCAAACCAAAUUCGAAUUCAACUGCGGAGCUCUGGCGACCCGAGCAUCCGGUUCUCCGGCGAAGUGCGAACUCUCUCCAAUAUUUUUAUUCUCCGGUGAGACUCUCGCCGGAAUUUCUCCACAAUUUGAGUUGAGAAUUUGAGUAACGUUUGUGGGAAAUGAGCUUGGAGAGAACAUGAAGAGUGUGUCGAGAAAGAUCGGGAAGUAUGAGCUGGGCCGAACCAUCGGGGAGGGAACUUUCGCAAAGGUUAAGUUUGCGCGGAACACAGAGACCGGCGAGAGUGUAGCCGUGAAAGUUAUGGCCAAGAGCACCAUUCUUAAGCACAAAAUGGUUGAUCAGAUUAAAAGAGAGAUAUCCAUAAUGAAGAUUGUCAGGCAUCCCAAUAUUGUAAGGCUGCUUGAGGUUUUGGCUAGCCAGACAAAGAUAUAUAUAAUUCUUGAGUUUGUAACUGGAGGAGAGCUGUUCGAUAAAAUUGUUCACCAGGGAAAACUUCCCGAAAAUGAAUGUAGACGAUACUUUCAACAGCUUAUAGAUGCAGUUGAACAUUGUCACAAUAAGGGUGUAUACCACAGAGACCUGAAGCCUGAAAAUCUUCUACUUAAUGCAUAUGGAAAUUUGAAGGUUUUGGACUUUGGACUGAGUGCAUUGCCCCAGAAAGGGGGUGAUCUUCUUCACACAACAUGUGGAACCCCAAAUUAUGUUGCACCUGAGAUAGUUUCCCAACAGGUGCUCGGCAACCAGGGUUAUGACGGUGCGGCUGCUGAUGUGUGGUCAUCUGGAGUCAUCCUCUAUGUUCUAAUGGCUGGUUAUCUUCCAUUUGAUGAGUUUAACCUUCCAACUCUGUACAAAAAGAUAAAUGCAGCAGAAUUUUCUUGUCCACUUUGGUUUUCUCCAGAGUUGAAGUUGUUGAUACACAAGAUACUUGAUCCCAAUCCUAAAACACGCAUUCGGAUUGAAGGCAUAAAAAAAGAUCCAUGGUUUCGGAAAAGCUAUGUUCCUGUAGGGAAUCAAGAAGAUGAGGAGGUGAAUUUGGAUGAUGUUCGUGCAGUUUUUGACGACAUUGAGGACAAGUUUGUUUCUGAGAAGUCAGAAAAUAUUGAAGGGGGUCCUUUAGUAAUGAAUGCAUUUGAGAUGAUUACACUAUCGCAGGGGUUGAAUUUAUCCGCAUUGUUUGACAGGGGACAGGAUUACGUCAAGCGACAAACUCGUUUUGUUUCCCGCGAACCAGCAAAAGUCAUUAUUUCAACUAUUGAAGCUGUUGCAAAAUCGAUGAGUCUCAAGGUCCAUACACGUAAUUAUAAGGUAAGGCUUGAAGGAAUAGCUGCAAAUAGGGCUGGACAGUUUGCGGUGGUCCUAGAGGUCUUUGAAGUUGCACCAUCUCUUUUCAUGGUGGAUGUUCGAAAGGCUGCUGGGGAUACUCUUGAGUAUCACAAGUUUUAUAAGAAUUUAUGUGGCAAACUGGAUAAUGUCAUUUGGAAAUCAAGUGAGGGUAAGGCUAAGUCGAGUCUGCUUAGAACAGUUCCAUCGGUGUGAUGCAAAUGAGAAAGCGGAUCAGCAGAGUGGCUAUUUCUUUUUAGGGCAAACAAUGUACAAACAUACAGGGCCUACGUAUGCUUAAUUGUUUGUCAAUUAUGGUCUCCUUGUUAUUUGAGCAAUCAGCAUGUUAUUGUAUUGCAAAAUGGGGAGUGCACCAAUAUAUGGUGUACGUUCUUUUCUCACUGAUACACCCGGGGGAGAGUUAUUGUAAUAGUACCCUUAGUAAAUAAUGGGCUGGGCUGGGCUGGGCUGGGUUUAGAUUAAUAAAGUUCAUAUCAUGUAAUAGACCUUUAGUUAUAAUGAGCCUGGACUAUGUGUAUAUAUAGGCCAAUAGUCUAUUGGUAGGUUUUAUCGAAUGGGGUUAGCCAUUUUGUGAAUUGGAGGCUUGAGCACCUAUAAUGCUCUAGGAGAUCGGACAUCUUGAAUUGUCCAUUUUCUUUAUAAUUUUGUUACAGUUUUACUCAAUCAA